CCGGUUCACCAUCCAGGUGGCGUUGCCCUUCUUUUACGCGGGGCGGGACUUGCUACAUAACUACUUCCGGGUUGUUGAGUGACCUUGAGCGCUCUUAAGCGAGAUGGCGGUUUUCUUAAAGCUGGGUGUCCUCUGCAGUGGCCAAGGAGGCCGAGCUCUGUUGCUGCGAAGCCGGGUGGUCAAACCUGCUUGUGUCUCAGCGUUUCUCCAGGACCAGCCUACCCCAGGAUGGCAGGGCACACGGCACAUUCACCUCUCACCAAGCCACCUUUCUGGUUCCAAGGCUGCAUCUCUCCACUGGACUAGCGAGAGGGUUGUCAGUGUUUUGCUCCUGGGCCUGCUUCCAGCUGGGUACCUGAAUCCCUGCUCUGUGGUGGACUACUCCCUGGCUGCAGCCCUCACCCUGCAUGGUCACUGGGGCCUAGGACAAGUGGUGACUGACUACGUUCAUGGGGAUGCAACACAGAAGGCUGUCAAGGCAGGCCUCUUGGCCGUCUCCGCUUUGACCUUUGCUGGGCUUUGCUAUUUCAACUACCACGAUGUGGGCAUCUGCAGAGCAGUUGCCAUGCUGUGGAAGCUCUGACCUCUGCGAUGCGACACCCUAGAUUGUAUGCCUCAUUGCCUUGCUCUGUCGAUGCCAUUGAACUCCCAGUGAGGAGGGCGUGAAGGAGAAGUCCAUUGAUGGACAGAAUUUCUUCUAAUUACAUGGUUAUUUUCAGAAUUCAUUUGUUGAGGAAAAGCUUUGUGAGGAGUUAGGUUCAACUAGUCCUGAGUCUUGAGUUCCAUAUAGACUCACGGUAUGACUACACAUUUCAUGAGCUUGGGUUGCCUUUAACUACCGAUGCUUGAGCAGAGCUCUGCUUAUUCCUGCUCGAAUAAGGGGAGACAUCACUACUUGUACUGGGAGGGAGGACUGUUCAUUCAGUCAUGAGUCAUAUACUUCGCAUGAAAUUGGAAAGUAUUCCAUUUGGAACCUUCCACUCUGUUCAGUUGACACCAGCUGUUGGUGGCUCUGAGUCUAAGGAAGCUGAAUUUAGAGAUGUUCACUUUAGGGAGUUCUCCUUUGUAAGUGGGUUGAAAUAUGACAGAUUCCAGACAGGCUCACUCUCAGAUAAGUGUCACUUGUGCAGGAAUAAGCUGUCCACAAAGGCUGGGUAAUAAAGUGUUUUCCCACCAUGGGGAUUCCUAAUGACAAAUUAUACUCUGAGAAAGCAAAAUUUUUAAAUAAAAUAUUAUACACUGAAUAUACAUUGUACUUUU